UGAUCCAGACAGCGCAGCCGCUGAUUUCAUACAAUUUAUCACCCAACCCGGCUUCCAGACAGUUAUCGAUCUCAUGCAAGAUGGCGACGAAGAUCCCACCGUCAACGUAACAGACAAACCUUUCCUACCUGAUUCCACUCCGGCGCACGUCGAGAAUUCAAUAGGAUCCGGCGGCGAACUACUUCCUGGACCCAGCGACGAACCAGCAAGAAAGAAGCCUAGAAAAACAAAUCGUCCCACCUCGCCGGUCAGUCCUGGACCAGACGGCGAACCACCAAGAAAGACUUAUCGUUUUACAGCGGUGGUCCGACCUGAUCCGAACGGCGAACUACCAAGAAAGGCUUAUCGUUUUACCCCGGCGAUCAGUCCUGAGAGCUCUCCAGAGAGGAAAACUCUUUGUCUGACACCACCGAACGGCCCGGCGACCAGUCCUGAGACCGAGCUGUUUUAUGCAGACUCGAGUAGAAGCCAUAAGGAUGACGUGACAACCUGGGGUACGUCUCAAAUCGAUGCUUGGGACCAGAGUUCUUGGACGAGCGAGCGUGACGAGGUGUCAACCACCAACGUGGGUCAAACACCAUAUGCUUCUCACUCACCGUCGUCGGAAGAAGUAGAAGUGGAAGAAGUUCCGGCGCGUCACCCGGUUGAUGAACCAUUCGAUGAUCUGCCUCCGACUCAUAGGCCCAUUAAUUCGAUAGAAUCAUUUGGUCAAGAGUUUCGCGAUGCGCAGGUUGACAUAAACAACAAAUACGUCGAACUCUGUGACGUACAAGAUGAUAUUAACAACAAAUUGAUUGCGUUGCACAGUGAGUCUCGUGACAGACAAAUCGAAACCCAUAGCAGAUGACCUCGAGACACGCAGUCGAUUCGAUGCGCAGGAUCGCUUUUAUUCAAGAUCUGGCCGAUGAAAUAUUCCGUCGCGUCAAUGCUAUGAGAUCAACGAUUGAUCAGCAGUUUGAUAGAAAUGAUCGUAUGGUGAGUCAAUACCAAUGGGAAUUGGUGCUCAUUUUGCAUCACCUUAUUCUCACCAUCGUAGACGAGACCACAGAGUCAAAUUGAAUAUAGAUGUAUUCCGAGUAAUUCUUUUAUCGCACGUCUGCUAUGAUUUUUUAAUAUUUUAUGUAUGCUUUUUAUACUUUGUUUACAUAUAAUCCGAUAUUUCAUUUAUACUCUGAUUUUGUAACAAGUCAU